CUCAGACAUGACAUUUCCUUCAAUGUCUUGGCCCUCUUUUUUGCUUCUGUCUUCCAGGUUGUUGUGCCAAUCCUCGCUCCUUUACUCCCUCCACCUCCUCGCUCUUCUCCACCUUUGCUCCGGUUCUCUCCACACGACGGACGGGUGACACACGGUCGCACACCUAUCUGUCCGUCCCCUUUCCUCGAAUCUUCACCACCACCACCAUCACGCCGCGGAGCCAAGACCCUAUCGCCCUUAGUUUAUUGCUUCUCCGGAUCGUCUCGAGUUUGCGAUUCAUCCAUAGUUCACGACAGUGCCCGAAGCCCCACCUCGAAAAUGGCUGACCCAGUUGCCAAACGCCCAGACGUGGACCAACAUCAACUCCAACCUCGUUCCUCUCCACUCCAAUCUCGACAUCUCGCCCCCAAGGUGUCAUUGGAGCGUCAAGGUGUCACUGUCUUGAGUUUUGCCCCGAGUGUGGGCGGACAUUAUCCCGAUUCAUCCAUCUAUCCUUCCAUCCAUCUAUGGUUUGGGAGGGACGGGACUUCGAACUGCCCCAAUCCAAACCCUCCCCGACAUGCCACAUGCCACAUGCAUGCCACGCGCCGUCAACCUUCCUGUCGCUGGUCCCCGACGAUUGUUGAUGAUGGUCUCCGUCGGAUGAAGUACCGACCGCUCUGGCUGUCUUCCUGGUGGAUGAGACCAUCGCGCCGUCUUCUGCUGCCGCCCAAGAGAUCCAUGGACACCAAUCUCAGGCGAUACGCCCAAGCAAGAAAAAGAAACAGACAGAGACAGGCAGUCAGUCCUUCACCAGUAGCGUCUAGACCACCAACCUUGGCGGGGAUCAGGAUAUCAAACGACGACUUACCAUCCUCGGCCGGCCACCGAUCGGGACGGGAACCGCCCGGGUUCACACGGCGUCUAAAGGAAUGCCCAAUAGUGCGCACAUGCGCCGAUAGGAACGCCGCACCUUGUUGGGGGGAACGAGCAGAAGGACCAGAAGAAUGGGGCCGCCACCACGCCAAUUUCGGACGCCAUGUCCGUCUAUGACAAGUCGAGCGGCCCUAGCAGUCUCUGUCUGGCCAUAAUUCCCCGACUCGAGCACGGAGUCCUGAGUCUUGAGUCCCCUCGGGGCGCUCUAGACGGAUAGACAGACGUGAUAAGGGCCCGGCACUUGCAUCACCAAAACGCCAAGGUACAAACAUUGAAAACGCCAAGCGGCCAUUGCUCGCUGUCAAUCUCUCCAUUCUGCCAUGGUCCAUCCCCCCCCUUGUUUGGUCCCCCCGACUCAUCGUUGCACGGCGGUUCUAGGAUGGCCCCGACUCGACCUCUUCUACCACUGACGAGAGCUCGCUUCUUGAUGCUCCAAUUUAAUUCCCUCAUCGGGUCCUUUUGCACUUUUUCCCUCUUGCACAGCCUCAAUGCCCAGACCUUGGGCGGUUCCCUCCCAGGCCUCCAUCUCACCUCGUCGCCAAGCUAAUCUUUCCUAAUCAAAGCCAAGAUGAAGGCAAUGAGAGGAAUUCCCUGGCACGUCAUUCCACCUUUCUAUCCGACUUCCCCAAUCUUCUUUGCCUCCUUCCCCUCUUGAUCACGUCUUGCAAGACUUUUUCAUCCUGUUGCAGUCUUGCUCCUCCCGCCAAGGACGCCAUAUGCUAUCGUGAUAGUCGAGUGAAGCGCGCCUUUUUCUCACCUCUAUCCCACUCAUGCACCCUUCACUGUCUCUGAUUUGACCAUUUCACUCGCUGCCGGUGGGGUCUCGGUUCGACUUCAUAUCUCCCUGAGCUUGCCAAGAAAGGCAUGUCGUUAUGAGCACUGCCACGCUGCUCCCAAAGUCUCGUUCGUCGUCUGCAGAUUCUAGACAGCCAUCGGCAAAUACUCAAAACGUUGUUGAAAAAAAAAAAAACUCUUCUCCUUCAUCACACCCAAUCUCGCCCGACCCGUGAGAAACAUACAACCCGAACCACCAUGACGGUCGUUCAACUUUGAUUAUCCGGCACUACUCUUCUGUCUCGCUCAACCGACUCCCCCCCGUGCCCCUUCCGACGGAAAGCGGAUUAUCGCCUCUCGCCCGAACCCCUCUCGUUGCACUGCCUCGAAACCAACUGUCACCGUAAGAAACAGGCACGUAGGCUGACCUGCCUGCGUCGGUGAAGUAGAGGGAAAACGGAAACCUUACUCGACGGGGCGGAAGGCGCAGUUGUGUUCGCCAAGAAUCACAGCGCUCUAGUCGUUGAGUCUUUUACAAUUCCGUUGGUACGCCCAAGACUCUGCCACCUUCUCUGCCCUGAGAGAGACGCAACUGUCUACGCAGGGUUUUGCCUCUUCACACAAGCACACAGCCUUGUAACACCCUCUAAAUACCUACCUCUCGCCAUCGUUGCACGAACGCCUUUCUUGGCUUGAUACUGCUUGUUACAAGACGCAUCUCUUUUCAUCUCUUUUUGAGAGCUUUUAAAACCAACCCUACUACUAUUGUCUACUUCCGCCCGUCUAUGAGAGAGAAAGUCCUUCGCCUUAGCUUCACACCUCUCUACAACCGGUGCUAAUGGCGUCUCUCGCCCCUCCUCAGUUGCGCGUCGACACCCGUAAUCAACGCGGUAAUGACAACGACGACGCGAUAACUCCCUCUCCCAUUUCGACACACUCAAAUCCGUUUCUCACGCCGGCCAUCAGCGCAGCAACAAGCGCCGCACCGAGUAUGCAUUCCACCGCUGUCACCGAGGACGCAGACAGCGCUUUGAGGCCCGACCCGGGCACGGAAGCCGACUUCAUCGUCCCAAACAACCCUUUUGCUUUUAGCCCUGGGCACCUCAACAAACUUUUAAAUCCGAAAUCUUUGUCCGCUUUCCAGGCGCUCGGCGGCCUCCACGGAAUCGAAAAAGGCCUGCAGACAGACAUCAAGUCCGGUCUGUCCCUGGAUGAGGUGGCCGUCCGUGGCAACGUCAGCUUUGAAGAGGCCACCGGUCACAAGGAGCCCGUCUUUACCACGUCGGGUGCACAGCCUUCAGCCACCACACACAACGCCAGCGGCGAUGGUUUCACCGACCGCACCCGAGUGUAUGGCAGAAACGUGCUUCCCGCCAAAAAGGCCACCCCUUUGUGGAAGCUGAUGUGGACCGCCUACAACGACAAAGUCAUCAUUUUGUUGACGGUUGCCGCCGUCAUCUCAUUGGCGCUUGGUCUGUACGAGACCCUUGGAGUCGAGCAUGACCCCGAAGAAGGCCAGCCGGUCGAUUGGGUCGAGGGUGUUGCCAUUGUCGUUGCCAUUUUGAUCGUUACCCUGGUUGGAUCUCUCAACGACUGGCAAAAGGAACGCGCCUUCGUCAAGCUCAAUGCCAAGAAGGAAGAUCGCGAGGUCAAGGUUAUCCGGUCUGGCAAGUCUUUCAUGAUUAACGUCGCCGAGAUCUUGGUUGGCGAUGUCAUCCACCUCGAGCCCGGUGACCUGGUCCCAGUCGACGGCAUUUUCAUUAGCGGUCAUGACUUGAAGUGCGACGAGUCCUCUGCCACGGGUGAGUCUGACGCUCUCAAGAAGACUGGCGGCGACGCCGUCUUCAACGCCCUCCAGUCCGGCAACGCUCCCAAGGACAUCGACCCUUUCAUCAUCUCGGGAGCCAAGGUCCUUGAGGGUGUCGGCACCUUCGUCUGCACCUCGGUCGGCACCAACUCCAGCUUCGGCAAGAUCAUGAUGUCGGUUCGCACUGAGAUGGAGGCUACGCCUCUGCAGAAGAAACUCGAGGGCCUGGCCAUGGCCAUCGCCAAGCUCGGAAGCAGCGCCGCCCUCUUCCUCUUCGUCGUCCUCCUCAUCCGCUUCCUCGCCGAUCUGCCCAACAACAGCGGUACUGGCGCCGAGAAGGCUUCCACCUUUAUGGACAUUCUCAUUGUGGCCAUCACCAUCAUUGUCGUCGCCGUACCUGAGGGACUUCCGCUGGCUGUAACUCUCGCGCUGGCUUUCGCCACUACUCGCCUUCUGAAGGAAAACAACCUGGUUCGCAUUCUCAGAGCCUGCGAGACGAUGGGUAACGCCACGACCAUCUGCUCUGACAAGACCGGCACCUUGACCACGAACAAGAUGACGGUUGUCGCCGGCACCUUUGGCUCCGCCAGCUUCAGCAAGUCGGUCGACGGCGAGAAGGUCACCAGCGCUGUCGAAUUCGCUCAGUCACUUCCCGAAGCCACCAAAAAGCUCCUCGUCCAGUCCGUCGCCAUUAACUCAACUGCCUUUGAGGGAGAGGAGGACGGCCAGGCUACCUUCAUCGGUUCCAAGACCGAAACUGCCCUGCUUGAGUUCGCCAAGGACCACCUUGGCAUGCAAGGACUGGCCGAGACCCGCUCCAACGAGGAGGUCGUGCAGAUGAUGCCCUUUGACUCCGGCAAGAAGUGCAUGGCCGCCGUCAUCAAGCUGUCCGGAAACGGUGGCUACCGUCUUGUCGUCAAGGGUGCCUCUGAGAUUCUUCUCGGAUACUGCACCCAGAAGCUCAACAUCACCGACCUCAGUACCUCUGCUUUGGAAGAAUCCGACCGCCUUUUCCUCGAGGGAACAAUCGACACCUACGCCAAGCAGUCUCUUCGCACCAUCGCCCUCAUCUACCAAGACUACCCUCAAUGGCCUCCCCACGGCGUCAACGCCAACAUCGAGGGACACGUUGACCUCGGUGACAUCCUCCACGACCUCGUAUUUGCCGGUGUCGUUGGUAUUCAGGACCCGGUUCGCCCCGGAGUCCCCGAGGCUGUUCGUAAGGCCCAGCACGCCGGUGUGGUCGUCCGCAUGGUUACUGGUGACAAUGCCGUCACUGCUCAGGCUAUCGCGACCGAGUGUGGUAUCUUCACCGAGGGCGGACUCAUCAUGGAGGGCCCCGUCUUCCGCAAGCUCUCCGUCGAGCAGAUGAACGAGACCCUGCCCCGUCUUCAAGUCUUGGCCCGUUCCUCGCCCGAGGAUAAGCGUGUCCUGGUCACCCGCCUCAAGGCUCUUGGUGAGACAGUUGCCGUGACUGGUGACGGUACCAACGAUGCGCCCGCGCUCAAGGCUGCGGAUGUGGGUUUCUCAAUGGGUAUCUCUGGUACUGAGGUCGCUAAGGAAGCUUCUUCUAUCGUGCUGAUGGACGACAACUUCGCGUCGAUCGUUACGGCUUUGAAGUGGGGAAGAGCAGUCAACGACGCCGUCCAGAAGUUCCUUCAGUUCCAAAUCACGGUCAACAUCACCGCUGUCCUCCUCGCCUUCAUCACCGCCGUCUCUUCCCCCACGAUGGAGUCAGUUCUCACUGCUGUCCAGCUGCUCUGGGUCAACCUCAUUAUGGACACCUUCGCCGCCCUCGCGUUGGCUACGGACCCUCCCACGGAGAAAAUUCUCGAUCGUCUGCCGCAGGGCAAGAAGGCGCCUCUCAUCACCAACAACAUGUGGAAGAUGAUCAUCGGACAGGCUAUCUUCCAGCUGACAGCGACACUCAUUCUGCACUUCGCUGGCAACGCCAUCUUUGGCUACGACUCACACAACGAGGACCAACAACUGGAGCUCGACUCGAUGAUCUUUAACACAUUCGUCUGGAUGCAGAUUUUCAACGAGUUCAACAACCGUCGCCUCGACAACAAGUUCAAUAUCUUUGAGGGAGUCCACCGCAACUACUUCUUCAUCGUCAUCAACUGCAUCAUGGUCGGUGCCCAGGUCGCCAUCAUCUACGUCGGUGGCAAGGCCUUCCGUAUCACCCCUGGCGGCAUCAGCGGCGAGCACUGGGCCGUCUCCGUCGUCUUGGCCUCCCUCUCGAUUCCCAUGGCCAUCCUCAUCCGCCUCUUCCCGGACCCCUGGUUUGAGAAGAUCGCCAAGACCGUCGGUAGACCCGUCGUCGUCGUCUACCGCGCUUCGGGCAAGUUCUUCUCCCGGGUCGGUGCUGUCUUCCGCCGCAAGAAGACAACCGACGCCGAGGACGCGUCCGACGAGGAGGCCCGCGUGUCUUCCGGAUCCGAGGACUCCAAGAUCGCGGCGCCCGCCAUCGUCAUCUCGACGCAACCCGAGGAGACCAACACGGCCGUUGCCAAGGACGACGAGAAGCGUCAGAUCUGAAAUGCUCGUCGGCCUUGGGUGUUCGGGCUUGAUACGUUGUUCUGCACAUAUAUAUUUCCCUUCUCAUGUUUCAUUGUUUGCAGCUACGAUACCAUUUAUUGCGCGCCUGUUCAUGUUUUUGCUUUUCGUUUUCCCUAAACGAUUCUACGACCGGCAUUAUUGUUACGUGCAUAGAGAUAACAUCGUGGGCGGGCGAGGUUGGCGGUUAUCACAUCAUCAUACAGAGAACGUAUUGCUUCUCGUCUACAAGGCGUUUUUCUUUUGGGGCGAUUGACAAAACUAAAAAGUCAUGCGUCUGCGUGGUAAAAGACGGUUUACCUUUUUACGAUAUGGACUGUCCUUAACGACAU